AUGGGGAAUUCCGUUCCUGACAUCGAUGCGAUCGGGAUAAAAGCAGAGCCGCACCUGGCAGACCAGUUCCGGCGCGAAGUGGCCCAUCUGCUGGGCCGUUCGUCGCUAUCGUUCCCCGGCGCGCAACCCGUCAGUUUCGCAUCCCAUCAUAUCCGCGAGCUCCAGGAGAAGGACUAUUACGUAUGCGAGAAGACGGACGGGAUACGAUGUCUGAUGUACUUUGCGCGAGGAGAUCCGGACUCGGAUACGCCGGAGAUUCACUACCUGAUCAAUCGCAAGAACGAGUACAGGUUCAUACCAGGCCUACAUUUCCCCAUGCCGGACGACGAUACCUUCCAGAGCUUCCAUGUUGACACACUGGUGGACGGCGAGCUGGUUAAUGACACAUACGAGGACGGUACUGAGCAGCUGAAGUACCUGGUAUUCGACUGCUUGGUGCUAGAUGGUACGAGCCUGAUGCACCGUACGCUGGACAAGAGGCUGGCAUAUUUCAAGGAAAAAGUGCUUAAGCCGUAUAACGCCAUGUACAGGAAAUUCCCCGAGGAGAAGAAACACCGGAUUUUCGCCGUGGAGGACAAGUCCACCCAGUUCAGCUACGGUAUUGAAAUGAUGUUCCGAGAAAUCAUUCCAAAGGUCAAGAAGAUACAUGGGAAUGACGGCUUGAUCUUUACCUGCCGCAGUACACCAUACAAGAUCGGAACGGACGAGCAUACGUUAAAAUGGAAACCUCCCGAGGAAAACAGCAUUGAUUUCCGUCUAAGGCUGGAGUUCCCUUCUAUAGAGCCGGACUCAGAGGACGAGGCGGACGGUAUCACUGAGGUGUAUCCAGACUACGACGCCCUACCGACAUGUCAUCUCUUCGUUCUACAUAAUAGAGGAGAGUACCGCCAUUUCGGACUCAUGUACAUCACUGAGACGGAAUGGGAAGGGAUGAAAGCACUGCAAAAGCCACUGGACGAUACCAUCGUCGAAUGCAUACAGGACGAACAAGGGAGAUGGAGAUACAUGCGGUUCAGAGACGACAAGUCAGAUGCGAAUCAUAUCUCAACCGUGGAGAAAGUGCUUCAGAGUAUCCAGGAUCGGGUAAGUGAAGAGGAGCUGAUCAACUCCGCGCCCGCUAUUAAAGCAGCGUGGAAGAGGAGACAGGCUCAGGCUGCGGAUGAAGAGGCUGCCAGACGGAGGGGGAUGCAUAACGGCAUUCCCAACGGAGCCGGAGCAAAGAGGAAAUACGGAGAGUAA